CUCUUUGAGGAUAAUCCGACAUAUCAGUCUGAAAACAUAAUCUACAAAAUGUCGGACGGAGAAGAGACCCAAUCCAACCCCCCCGUCGCUGCCGAUGAGGUCGAAGUCUCGGCCGAUGCCGGUGCCGGCGGCCAGAUGUCCGUCCUCGACGCCCUCAAGGGUGUCCUCCGCAUCUCGCUGAUCCACGACGGUCUUGCCCGUGGUCUGCGCGAGGCCGCCAAGGCCCUCGACCGUCGCCAGGCGCACAUGUGUGUCCUGAACGAGGGCUGCGAGGAGGAGGCCUACAAGAAGCUGGUUGUUGCCCUGUGCUCCGAGCACAAGAUCCCCCUCAUCAAGGUUCCCGAUGGAAAGCUGUUGGGCGAGUGGGUUGGUCUUUGCCAGCUCGACCGUGAGGGUAACGCCCGCAAGGUCGUCAACUGCUCUUGCGUCGUCGUUAAGGACUGGGGUGAGGAGUCCCAGGAGCGCUCCGUCCUCCUUAACUACUUCCAGACUGAGCAGUAGAUGUAUACAUUCUGUUGUAUGCAUCCCUCCGAAAUCGGCGGCGACGUGUGUCUGGAAUAAGGUGAUGUGGGUUGCUGUGGUCUGAGACCCUUUUCUCGCUUUCCCGGGGCAUCAAGUGACGUGCGCAUUCGAGAACCUCCGUCGUUUGUUUACGACUUGACUUGGGUGAAUUCGGUUUUAUACGGGUUUGGUUGGAUUCGGUCGGGGGUUGUGUAUUGUUGCUUGUGCUUCGGGUUGGGGGCGGGGGAGCUAGAUAGUUUCUCUCUAGAGGAAUGGAUCAGAUCGUGGUGCUCAAUCUUCUUUCUUCGGGUUAACAUUCGUAGGGGGGGUACAUGUGUG